AUGGCAGACUACUGUUUCGGCGAGAUGUCCGCGAGGGCACAUGUGCAGAUUUUUGAUGUAGAUAGCACAUCCGGUGGGUCAGAUGCCGAGGAUGAGCUCGGUAUUUAUGAGGGAGAUCAUUGGGGCACGCCCAGUGAGUCCGAGGUUGACUCUGAUUUCGAUGAUCGUGACGAGAGCCCACCUUCACCUCUUGCGCCGAAAUUCCCACGGGAUGGCGAGGAGCUGCUGCACGAUGUGGCGUCUCUCCUGGAUGGCAAGGGCAUCGGCAAUGUACUCGUUGGAGAGGUCGCCCUUUCGAUCAUGGGCGUGCCCAUCGCCGCUCACUACACCGCGUUCAUGAUUCCGGAUGGGCAAAUCGACCAGGCUGCCCAGGUGCUACGUGACGCCCAGUACCCCGACUGCAAGGAUCUGGACCAGUUCGCAGCCAAGCCUACCAAGACCAAAUCCCGCAUCCGCUGUCGUGCGUUGACUGGGGGCGCCACUCGCAGAUGUCCCAUCCCGGUCCAUCACUUCCACACCGACCAUCGCUACCCCGAGGACCGCAAUGACAGCCGCAACCAGACCCGAGGCGUCUUCCUCUAUUGUGCGUCGCAGAUGCUGGCCCCGGGCUUUCCAAUGCCCGCUGCUGGGCCUCCGCCGCCCGAGGAUCCCUUUUACAUGGUCACUUCCGAUGCGCGGCUCUACAGGCCAUCGUUGCGGGGCGAGGACGGCCUGGUAAUGCUGAACUGCCGGGGCCGGCAGAGUACGGAGUCUUACCCGGUCAAGAUACUCCACCCGGCGCGAUAUAUGGAGAAUCUGGUCUACCUGAUGGUUCGCGACAUUGGGUACCUCGUCUGCAACGGGUGGCAAACCGAGUUUAAAUGUAUGUUGACUUUCAGUCCGCUCUUGCCAGCUGCGAACCUAGCGCUAGCUGCGAUUGAUGUCGAGCUCGGGGACGUACAGGCUGGGCCGAUCCGGGACUGGAUUGGGCUGCACCAUGUAUGGGACAAUAAUGAGGCGGCCAUCUGUGUUCGGUUCGCGGCUCUUCACCGAUAUUGGAAGAAGUCGGGCCUACUGGGUGAACCCCUGAUGACUCCCCGGGAAGCGAAGGGUGUCUCGCCGAAACACAUUGAGGAUUGCCUCAGGAACAUGGAAGAGGGGAAGCCCCCAAGCCUGGAUCGAUCCUUUGAGGAGUCCGACUGGACUUGUCAAUUGAUGUAG